CGUUGUUAAUGAUCAAAUCGAUUGAAUGAUCAAUUGUUCAGAAAAAAAACGAUGAAAAAACUACUAACCGAUACUGAUGUGGAUAUCGAAUUAUUUCAAGAUGAUUUCAAAUACAUCGAUCAGGAAUAUUUUCUAAACAUCGUUUCAAUUUUUAAAAUAACAACUGCAAAUUUGAACAUUGGUUUCCUAGGCAUGACCAAAGAUACAAUUUAUGCUUAUGGUCAAGGAAUAUGCAGAUGGUUAUCGUUAAAACAUGAUCCCAAACAACCACAACAGAUUAACAUUUUAAAUGGCAAGAAAAUUAUUCAAGUCGAAUCCGGCAAUGAAUUUGUUGCAGUUCUAACUGAUGAUGGAUUAGUGUAUCUAGCCAGUGGUGAUUCAAGAUGGAAAACAAACAAUACUUUGCGAUUGAUUUCAACCGGUUAUGAUCGUUUUGAAAUGAUAGCAAGUGGAGUGUUACAUUUGUUGUUGUUACGACAAGAUGGCACUGUUUUUGCUUUGGGUGAUAAUACAUAUGGUCAAUUGACCGGUAAUUCAGAGUCAUCGUAUGAUACUGUUGUGAACAAUGGUUUGACUAAUGUCAAAAUAAUAGCUUGUGGAAGUGAACAUAGCCUUGCUCUUACCAAUACGAAUCGAAUUUAUUCCUGGGGCUGUAAUAACAAGGGACAGUUAGGUCUAGGCGAUACAAAUGAACGAAGAAUACCGACACUUGUUUCAUUUUUUCAUGGUCCAAUCAAAAAUAUUAUGGCCGGUGCAAAUCAUUCUUUAUUUUUAUUGGAGGAUGGUCAAAUUUUUGGAUGUGGUCAUG